UUUCUUUUUAGGGUUGUGUUUGGUAUGAGCAGCCUAAACGAAGUCCAGUCGUGGGUCGCGUCUUUGGACGCGACAUUGUUGCCGUGCCUCCCUGCUCGAGAGCUCCAGGCGGCCGAUCGUUCCACUCAUCCCUCCCACCACGUGGAUGUGGAGCGCCAUGCCCGGGAGUUCAUGGAAGCGGCGAAGCAGCUGCAAGUAUUUUUCAUUCGGGUACAGCAUGAACACCAGCCUCCCAAAGAGGAGCUCUUGAAAAAGGAAAUUGCUGGGCUCGAAAGCGAGCUCAGGGCGAAAGACGAGCUGAUUAAACGGCAGAAGAGGCUGCUCCAGGGAUGGAGUGACAUUCUCAAAGCGCAAAAGCUCAAGCACAUUCAUGAGCUCGAGAGAGUCUAAAGCAAUUUCGUCUACCUCGCCAAUCCAAAACCGGUUCUUCGUCGCUCUCGUCAUCGCUUGAUAAUUCGUCAAGUAAGUUCUCUGGCUUCUUUGACUUUGAGUCUCCCGGCUUGGUCUCGUCGCGUAACUCAAGCUUUCGUUUCUUAAGCA